AUGUUGUCUCUAUCUCAGAAUUGGCGCUCUUGUAUAGCAGCGUUUGCUCUUACAUUUUCGGUCAUCAACGCCUCUCCUGUACCUGGUCAGACUUCUAGUGUCUUAAGUGUUGUUUCAGCAUACAAUGGAGCCACAACUAUUACCGCAAGCACUCAAGUCGUCACUUACGCCGCUACCACGAUUUCGACUAGUGGUACUUUGACCUGUACGAAAGCUGGAACCUACAGUAUUGGAACGAGCACAACGGUUGUUUCGAAACCCACAAACAUUCCAUGGACGGCACAGGAAGUAAUCUACGAGUAUUGUCCAUUUUCCGUAUUUGCCCUUUUUAGCUGCGCUACAUGUCCACGCCUCAUUACUGUUGAAAAGUGCUAUCUUGGUUAUUGUGAAAUCAGCGUCGAAUUACGAACUCCUUCUAAGGGUACUACCAGCACCAGCACCUCGAAUGCCAGUUCAACAAAUUUCAUUAUUGGUAUUGGGUAUUUGGAGCCAACAGUAACGACCACUAAGGCUCUUUCUGCUUAUGCUACGGGAUACACAUCAACUAUCCCAGCUAAACUGCUUGCAGCUGGAACUGUCAUUGUUGGAUCUCCAGUUCCUUAUGUUACUUUGACGACUUACCUUGAUGAUGGAUCGCAAGCUUAUACUUCAACCAUUGGUGGUACCAUUUUGGAUGCCAUAUCAAUUACAACCAUCACUUAUACCACUACUGUAUCAGCCUAUGACUCGGCUUAUACCUCCACAAUCUCCGCGGAAAACUCAACGCCUGGAACUGUAAUUGUGGCAACUCCGGCACCAUUUGUUACUUCAACUAUUUACCUCGACAAUGGGGAAUCUGCUUACACUUCAACUAUUGGUGGAGAUGUCAAUUUUGGAGUUCCUGUGGGCACUGUUACAACCACCACAUUUCUUCCUACUGAUGGCAUAGCUUUCACCUCUACAGUUCCUGCAGCUGGACCCAGUUCGGGAACAGUCCUUGUUGGAUAUGUCCAGAGUGAUGUCACUACUACUAUCACUGGAUCCGCAGCUGCCACAAGUACUAUAGCUCCCUCUGGCACAAUUCCAGGUACUAUAAUUAUUACGGUGCCCACACCCGAUGUAAACUGCAACAACAUCGGUGUCCAGUUCGCAGCUUUUGCCGAAACUCCACAAAUCAUCAACUCUGCCGGAACAUACGCGAAUUUUGACCCCGUCAUUUAUAAAACCCAGACUGCAGAGAUCACUGGCAACACCACUGCUGUCAGUUAUAGCGUCACAACCUACACAAACACUGCUGUAUCUGUGUAUGGUAGCACCCAAAAGCUCAACGACUUCUAUCUCGUCAUUGAUAAUCGUGGAUACCUCUUCGCUCAGAUGACUGGUACAUAUACCUUCUCCACGACAUCAGCCGAUGAUAUUUUCUUCCUUUGGGUUGGAGCUAAUGCAUACUCCGGUUGGACCCGUGCUAAUGCCGAUUUGAUUGCAACAUUGACUUAUCCAUCACAAAAAUUUACAAUCGAUUUGGUUGAAGGAGAAUACUAUCCAAUAAGAUUCUUGUGGGCGAAUGGUGAUGGACCGGGUCUCUUUGCUUUCUCGGUUACCGCCCCUGAUGGAACUACUAUCUUGGAUGGUAAUACUGUUGCUAGUCCUUAUGUGGUACAAUUUUCGUGUGAUGGUACUUCGGCACCUGAAUAUCCUGCCUGGGGCGCUGAGAAUUAA